CAGAUUUCACUAGCUGCGCUUCGCACGAAACGACCCGUCUCUAGAUCAGGUCCAUCUGAAUCAUCACAACUCGCUGCCGUUAGCCCAAACUUCAGCCAUGGCCGACCCCGCGUUCAGGCCCGCGCUGCUUGUUGUUGACAUGCAAGAGGACUUUUGCCCUCCGAAUGGCGCCCUCGCCGUGAAUGAAGGGCGGGACAUCGUCCCACUGAUCAACGAGCUCCUCGCCCUGCCGUCGUCGACGCUCCCGCUCAAGAUUGCCACCAAGGACUGGCACCCGCCGGACCACGUCUCGUUCGCGAGCAACCACGGCGGUGACGACGGCCCGCCGAAGCGGCCCUUCGUCGACACCGCGACCGUCACCAACCCGCACAACCCGGCCGAGUCGUACACGACGCGCCUCUGGCCGGUGCACUGCGUCCAGUCGACCGCGGGGGCCCGCCUGGUCCCGGAGCUGGACGCCGCGCGGCUCACGCACACGGUCGAGAAGGGCACCGACCCGCGCGUCGAGAUGUACAGCGCCUUCUACGACCCGCUCACCCGCCCGCGCGUGUCCGACAGCGGGCUCGCCGACCUGCUGCGCGCCCACGCCGUCACCCACGUCUACGUGGUCGGGCUGGCCGCCGACUACUGCGUGCGCUGCACCGCCGAGGACGCCGUGCGCGAGGGCUUCGUCGCGUACGUGAUCGAGGAGGCGACGAGGGCGGUUGACCCCGACGGGUGGGAGGGGUGCAAGCGGGAGAUGGAAGGGGUGGGCGUGAGGAUUGUGACGUGGGAAGGGCCGGAAGUGAGGAGGUUGUUCGAGGGGGGACAAGAGAAGUGAUAGGUUAGUUACCUCGACAGAAAGUGGAAUAAUUAUGUUGUAAAAAAAGCGAAUCGGGUCACACCCUUCU